UACAGCUCCGUUAAGUCGUGAAUGGCCAUUAAUAUCUUCACAAUUUCCAUUAAUGAUGAUAAUUUUUGGAUAUUUGUAUUUUAUUCGUUAUAUUGGACCCCGCUAUAUGAUAAGUCGAACGCCAUAUAAAUUGAAAACCUUAAUGUUGCUUUAUAACUUUAUACAAAUUUUAGCAAACUUAUGGAUGGUACAAGAAUUUAUAUCUUCUGACUGGUUUUCAAAAUAUACCCUAUUGUGUUCAGAGCUAUUUCCGCAUUCUUCCAAUACGCUUAAAAUAUUCAAUUCUAUGUGGUGGCUAUUUAUAUUAAAGAUAUUCGAUCUGACAGAAACCUGUAUAUUUGUGUUGAGGAAGAAACAGAAUCAAGUUUCCACUUUGCACGUCUAUCAUCAUGUCUCUAAUAUUUUUUUCGGAUGGUUUUAUUUAAAAUACAUUCUGGACAAGAGAGUGUUAUUGCUUACUCUAUUUAAUUGUAGCAUACACGUAAUUAUGUAUAUGUAUUAUUUUGUUUCUGCAUGGGGUCCGAAAUAUCAACAAAAAAUAUAUUUUCUUAAACCUUUUAUAACUAAAAUCCAAAUGGUAAGUUGCAUUAUAUUUUAUUUAUAA